AUGCCUCAUUCACCAACUCGGAGGGACUCGUGGCCACCCACCCAGGUGCGCCUGAUGCCGACGACUCCCAAAGAUUACCCUUCUCUCGACGACAUCGACGAAGAUCCUCUGACGUACUUCCUCACGCCGGCGCCGGACUUGGAGGAAGACGACGUGGACAUGAUGGACUUUGACGCCGGAAUCGAAGGCAACAGCCCCCGCGAGAUCGUCCGCAGUGUCAGCCCGUCCACCCUCGACGGUCUGAACAAGGCAAAGGGCCGCAAGUCGCCCCCGGUACCCGAUCUCUCGGAUCUGGCUACGCCGGAGGAGGACGACGAAGAAGACUACAUCCGAUUCGCCCCGCAAGGCUUCACCGUCCCGUUCAGCCUGCGGGACUUCGCCAUCGACGGCGUCAAGUCCAAUCGGUCCAAGACGCACCCGGACGCGCUAUUGUCGCCGUCGUCGCCAACUCGGGGCCGGGCCCCGGUACGUCCCGGCGGGCGGGGCCGUCAGCGCAGCGUAUCCUUCCGCCACCGGCAGCACCACGUCUGGCGCGAACCCAGCCCGGACGUGUGGUCCAUCGAGGAGGAGACGGAGGAGGAGCUUCUGAGCGAGAUUGGCAGCAGCAUCGGGGCUGUCAGCGACAUGGAGGAGGACGGAAACAUGGGCAAAGACGUAGAGGCUGCAAAGCCAAAGAAGAAGGUCCGGUUCCUGUUGCCCGCCGAAGAGUGA